AUGUCUGGACGAGGCAAGCAGGGAGGCAAGGCUCGCGCCAAGGCCAAGACCCGCUCUUCUCGGGCCGGGCUGCAGUUCCCCGUGGGCCGAGUGCACCGCCUGCUCCGCAAGGGCAACUAUUCCGAGCGGGUCGGGGCCGGCGCGCCGGUGUACCUGGCGGCGGUGCUGGAGUACCUGACGGCCGAGAUUCUGGAGCUGGCGGGCAACGCGGCCCGCGACAACAAGAAGACGCGCAUCAUCCCGCGCCACCUGCAGCUGGCCAUCCGCAACGACGAGGAGCUCAACAAGCUGCUGGGCAAAGUGACCAUCGCGCAGGGUGGUGUGCUGCCCAACAUCCAGGCCGUGCUGCUGCCCAAGAAGACUGAGAGUCAUCACAAGGCCAAGGGCAAGUAG